GUGACAGCCCGUGUUGCUGUUGCUCGGGUUACUUUGGUUGCUGCUCGCACUCCCUUGUUGUUGGCACGCUUCAAUAGCGCUAGGGCGACGGCCAGGGAGUCGAUCGCCGAAAAGAGACAAGAGAGUGACGGAGCUUUCCACCACCCACUACUGACCCUGCGGCAGUCACGUCGCACCUUCACUUCCAUGACUGCUGUAGCUCCCCCCGUGGAUUUUCAGAACAGAUGGACGGGUAACGCUACCAACGGCACGACCGACGAGUUCCGCCCCAUGUUCAUGCCCCGGAAAAGCGCCCAGCGAUCCAACUCGUCGUCUUCCUUGUCUUCGCAAGCCUCUUCAACAUCCACAAUCUCACCCACUUCGUCACAAACAAACGGAGCCGCGACUCAGCUGAGCCCCGGCGAAAAUUCUACUUGGGCUGCACGUAAGAAAGCGCCCAGAGGGUUAUGGCCGGCGUCCAAAACUGAACCCGUCUCCGGCAUCAUUACCAACGCUCGUCCCCAAUCCAUUGCUUCUGCAAGCUCAGGGCCCACGGCCACUUCGGCGAUGACUGCAUUGCACUCGCCUGCACCCAUGGUGCCCUCCCAGCACAAUGGCGCGGUUCAGGCACAGCAGAAUGGCGCACCGCGCACGCAACAACAACCGCAAGAGCCCCCGGCCAUCCUACACCUGAUACCGAUGAAUGGUACUUUUGACAGGAAACAAAUCACCGUUCCUUUCUUCCCGGACGUGCUCCGCAUCGGCAGGCAGACGAACAAUAAAACCAUCCCUACUCCGCUGAACGGCUAUUUCGAUUCCAAGGUUUUGUCAAGGUCGCAUGCCGAGGUAUGGGCGGAUAGGAAUGGAAAGGUCUGGAUACGGGAUGUGAAGUCGUCAAACGGUACAUUCGUCAACGGGCAGCGACUAUCGCAAGAGAACCGCGAUUCAGACCCCCAUGAACUGCGUGAGCAAGACGUUCUGGAACUUGGCAUCGAUAUUGUUAGCGAAGAUCAGAAAACCGUUGUUCAUCACAAAGUGGCCGCACGAGUUGAACACGCUGGCAUCUAUGCAAACGCCGGAAACAACAUGAUGGAGCUCAACUUCGGUGAACUUGAUGGGUCUCAGCUGACAAAUUAUGCCGGCUCCAAUGGCCAACAGCAGUUGGCUCAAAUGCGUGGCCGAACACCAAGUCAAGGAUCUAUGAACGGCCAGCGAUUACAGGGGCCCGGAGGUGCAAUGGCGAACAAUGGGGUCAGCAUGCAACAGCCUAGGCAUCCUAACUUCUGGUUGCAGCCUGUCACCAUGGAGCAGGUGGUGAAAAAACUCAACGCUGAGAUGAAAGCUGCGAGACAACAAUCCCAAGACCUCAAGCAGACCCACUCUUACAUCAAUGCUAUUCUGGCUACGGAACCCAGCAAAGACCAAACAAAGCCUGCCAUAAAUCCGGUCAAGAUCUCGCCUAUAAAAGAUAUCAAUCUGAAGGCCAGAUUCUCCGAUCCCCCAGCACCACCACCGCAGCAACCUUUGCCCGAGAAGCCAGACGCCUAUUCGUCUCUUAGGAGAGCGGAUACCGAACGCCCUAAAAUCAACGGCUCGCCUGUGCGUCCAGACGCCCAGAUGUCCAGCCUUACCGAAGCCUUGCAUAAUGCCAAAAAGGAAAUGGAGUCUCAAAGCAUCCGGCUGCGAAACCUGGAGAAUCUGCUGAACGAAGAGCGCCGAGCCAGGGAAGAUGCCGAGGAACGAGCUAAUCGUCUUGAACGCGAGCAUGCGUCUAUAGAACCGGAAGUGCCUAAUGAAGAGGCCCGUGUACCCGAGGCCGCUGCCGAGUCGGAAGACAGCGAAGCUGAGACCGUCAUUGCUAAUGGGUCAGCAUCUCCUAUUGAGGCCGACACUGCUACCACUCGACUCCAACAGAAGCUCGAUGUCAUGAUGUCGGAAAUGAGUGAACUAAGAUCACAGAUGGAGAAGUACCGCGAGCGCGCGGAAAGUGCAGAAGCUGACCGUAAAAGUCUGGCUGAAAUGAUUGAAAAUAUUCGGCUUGACAAUGCAAAGACAAGCAUCAAACGCAGAAGCCGGGGAGGUGGUGAGCCGAAUCAGAAUGAUGCUCCAGCACCCGAGGCUCAAGACAACGAGGCAGAAGAGUCGGAUGAGGGCGAAAUAGUGAUCAUCAAUGAAGAUUUAGGGGACGACAAUACGCAGACGUUAAUACGGAGGGCGGUCCAGAAUGGUCGACCAGUCGGAGAGACUGAAGAGCUGGAUGUUAAAGCUCCCAGUGUCCUUACUACUCGUCCGAAUCGCAAUGAGCUCGCACUAGCUCAUGGGGCUCCUGCAGUUUCUAUCUUGACAGUUGUCGCUCUCGGCGUAGCUGUCAUGGCCUGGCUUAACAAUUACCCGAAAGUGGAUCGGUGA